CCAGCUCUCCCACGGCAUCACACCGGGAAGGAGAAAGAGGGUCUCACUGGCCAAUGGCUCUAUAACCAGGAGAUGAACUCCAGUUCAGACCAGGAGGAACCAGAACUUCCACAGAUAAAAGAGAAGCAUGAGGAUAUAGAACUUCCACAGAAAAAAGAAGAACAGAAGAAUACAAAACCUCCACAGACAAACCGAAAAACUCUAGAGAUGAAAGAGGAGCAGGAGACUGAAAUCUUUAUGGUAACUCCAGUUUAUAAUGAAAGAAACCACAAGGAACUAGAACCGAACAGGUACCAACGGCUUUCUCUGUACUCUUCUGAGUCUGAGAACCAAGUUCAGGAAGGAAGCAGAAAAACAGACUCAGGAUUCAGCAGAGAUGAAGAGCUGAAACAAAAUAAGAGAAGUUCACAAACCAGUAGUCACGGCGACAACCUAGACCACCCAAAUGUAAAAAGAAACCCCAAAAAGUGUUUUGUGUGUUUGACUUGUGGGAGAAAAUUCUCUGUAAAAUAUAAUUUAACUGCUCACAUGAGAACUCACACAGGUGAGAAGCCUUUCUCAUGUCAGAUCUGUGGAAAAACUUUUGCUUUUAGAAGCGCUUUGAAUUCUCAUGUGAAAUCACACACAGGUGAGAAGCCUUUUACUUGUCAAAUCUGUGGAAAAAGUUACUCUGAAAAUAACAGCUUUAAAUACCACAUGAAAACUCACACAGGUGAGAAGUCUUUCACGUGUGAGACCUGUGGAAAAAGUUUUAUUCUUGGAAGCGCUUUGAAUUCUCACAUGAGAUCUCACUCUGGUGAAAAGCCUUUCUCAUGUGAGACCUGUGGAAAAAGUUACAAGCGAAAAGUUCAUUUGAAAGUACACAUGAAAAAACACACAGGUGAGAGACCUUUCUCGUGUCAGAUCUGUGGAAAAAGUUUUAUUUUUAGAAGUGAUUUGAAUAUCCACAUGAAAACACACACAGGUGAGAGACCUUUCUCAUGUCAGGUCUGUGGAAAGGGUUUUAUUGUAAAAGGACACUAG